AUGAUCAAGGACCUGUGGUUAGUUGAAAAUCUGGCAAUUGUCACGGAGUUAUGGAAGUUACAUAACAAGUCUUAUUUUGAGAACAUGGAUUUUCAUUGGUUGGGCUUUAAAAGGAGAGUUUAUCAGGUUAUUCGUGAUAAUUAUAUUAGAAUGAAAGACCACAUGCAUAAUACUUUAGAGGAGUUACGCAUUCUGAAUUAUUUCAAAGUGCGACAUAGAUCAUGCAAAACAUCUACCCCAAUUGAGAUUAGUUGGUCUCCUCCUGAUCAAGAUGAAAUCAUGGUUUGUUGUGAUGGUGCUUCUUUCGGAAACCCGGGCCAAGCUGGUGCAGGUGUGGUUUUCAGGAAUGCAAGUUCGGAGGUGCUUGGUGUUCUUUGUGUUGGCCUUGGUUGGCAAACAAAUUUCUAUGUGGAGGUUUGUGCGAUUAUUUAUGGUGCGAUUAUGUCUAAGAGAUGGAAUUUGCGGAGUAUUUGCAUACGUUCUGCGAAGAGUUGUAUUCAAGCUUUUCAAAAGGAGGAGUUUCCUUGGCAGCUGGUGCAGAAGUGGAAAAUUACGAAGUCAUUCUACUCAAAUUUCUGUUAUAUUCAUAGCUAUAGGGAGGAUAACUUUUCAGCUGAUGCCUCGGCCAAGCAAGCCUGUUUGCUGGCUGAGGAUAUUUUUGAGUUUUUUGAGGGUAGGCCAGGCUUUAUUCCUGCUGUGGAAUGGUCUGGAAGGGUUUAUUUUCGUUUCAAUUAG